GUGGCUUAAAAAAAAAACAGAGAGGUAGAGAAUGAAAAGACAAGGCAGUAAGAGCUGUGACCCCUGCUUUCGCUCAGGUCCGCCUCUCCUUUCUGGGGAUAGGGAGAGCGCUGACUUUUGUCAAAGCCUCCGCCGCCGCCAACUUGUGCGGUGACCGAAGGCGCAGGGCCAGGCCGGCGUGGGACACUCGUGAGCCGCCCCGCUGUCACCACGGGGAGGACGGUCCAGCGCCCGUUGCAUUUAAAUUGAUAUGUGCCUAGAGGUGACGGAAGCCAGGCUUUAUAAAGUCACCCAGGGAGAGCUUUCUCUCCUGAUCUCUGAGGGGCCAGCCUUUUGCUUGUCCUGAAAAACCUUUAGAUCGCGUCUGAACUUGCUUUCGGCAAAAUGAAGAAUUAUCCCGGUCUGAAAAGUUAGUGGUUCCUUUGCUGACUGCAAUUUUGGCGAUUAGGUUUCCAAACGCCCUGGCAAGAAGGCGUCAGGUUACUGGUGGGUGUAUUUGAAAAUGUAUUAAAAAAAAAAAAAAAGGUCAAGGAUCCUCGGUGAUUCCGGAGGAACCUAGUGACGAUGAGAUUGUUUUUUCUUCCAAUUUGGAGGCACAGAGUGUGACAUGUGGAGAGCAGAAAGUCCGCAGCGUCUGGACAGGCAUUGCCAACACUGUUUUCCUUCUCCCCGCCCCGGGCUGCAGCCGGCCCAGAGCGAAUUCAAGGCAGCGUGCUUGGCUCAGCCAGCAUGCUGCUUGUUCCCCUCCCCUGCCUCCCCCCACCCCCAUCGCUGCUCCCAGACACCUUGUUUUUGAACUUGGAGACUCAAACUUCUCUUGAAGAAAAUAUCUGCUUGCCACCCAAACCAACUCCUGUUCAAGGAGAAAAAUUUAUGGAAUUAGAAGAUAUGCAAUGUGUACAAUAUUUCAACUUUCAUAGAAAUUGAAACGGUUGCAAAGAUGGGUUCACUUGGUUUUGAGCUGAGAGGAGAGAGAAACCAGCAGGAGAUGGUUGGAGCCUCUUGGAUUUCUUUCUUUGUUUGGAGACGUUUGAGGGGGUCAAUGGGACUCAUCUUUCAUAUGGAAUUUUAAAGCUGCCGUUUGAGUAUAUUUCGGUAUUCCGUGUGUCAGAAUUGUUUCGGCGACAAAUCAGAUUAUUUGGCAACGUGGCUAAAAUUUUAAACAGUGACAAGUAUCCGUGGCAGGAAGAUUACCUGCUUACAUCAUAGGAUAUGCAGAAUGUGUUAAAACAGAACUUGUGUGCACACAUGUAAAUAAUGAUGUCACGUCUUCAAAUCCCAUACAGUUCUGGCUUGAUAUCAUGUAUGUGAUUUCAAAACUUUCCAGGAACGUAUGUGUUGAUACCUUUUUUACGUGGCAAAAAACAAAAACAAAAACAAAAACAAAAACAAAAACGUGCUUCCCGGUCUUAAAGUCCACCCGGGCUGAUGCGAGACCGUGUUAUUGAGUUCAGUGGCCGUGCCGUCUUCCCGUUUUGCUUCCUGGUGGUAGUUGAAGGCAGGGGCUCUGUAAAUCCCAGCAUGCUUGUUUGUUUAAUUCACCAGCGUUUUCAGUGAAAUGCUGCACCUUGAGGAAUUAAUUAUACCUCCUCGGAAUUCAGGAGCCUGGUGGCCGUAAUAGCCCAGUAGUGCGGUCUCGCGGGAUGAGUUGGCGGGUCUGUAAAGAAAACUGUGCAUGUGUGAUGUUGGACGCUUUGGAGAAGUUGGUCCACAGCCUCGUGAGGGAAGGUAAACCGUGGCCGUCCGUGGCACCGGUUCCUUUGUUGAGACAUUGAGAGCUUGGUGAAUUUCCUGGCCAAGAGGUCUGAAGCUCAGGCGUGCUGGGGGCCACCGUGUCUUUGUCGCUUGGCGAGAGACUGAAGCGUUCGAGGAUGAUGGUUGUUUUGGGGGGAUCCCCCCCCCUUGAUUUGGAUUUGUGUGUCUCAUGUUUAGGUAAUGCAGUUGCACAUUGUCAACAUACAUGUCAAACUUUGGAAAUUUGGGGGAACAUGGUGAUGCCAUGUGAUGAAAUGCCCCUACCCCCACACGUACACGAGUCCCGUGUGUGCUUCAAGAUCAGGUGUGUGUGAACAGAUACAGGAAAUAAAUUCUAUGAGUCUCUGCACAUGCACACACACACACACACACACACACACACAGAGCUGGCGUGGAGAGGGAGGCAUAGGGGCAGGGUGAGAGUUUUCACAUCACACAGACCUGACAUAACCUGAGGACAAUGGACGCUGAUGAGAGUCGAGACAUGUCCCGAGUUUCAGGGAAGGAAAGCCCCCCGGUGAGUGACACUCCGGAUGAUGGGGACGAACCAAUGCCUGUCCCCGAAGACCUUUCCACCACGUCUGGAGGACAGCAGAGCUCCAAGUCCGAGAGAGGAGCGGUUACAUAUGGGGCCGAUGGCUUUAGGGAUUUUCAUGCACUCAUUCCCAAAUCUUUCUCUCCCGGUAAUGUUAAAGUAGAGGCUCAGAGUGAUGAAGAGAAUGGGCGGGCCUGUGAAGUGAAUGGGGAAGAAUGUGCGGAGGAUUUACGAGUGCUUGAUGCCGCGGGAGAGAAAAUGAAUGGCCCCCACAGUGGCCAAGGCAGCAGAGCUCUGUCAGGAGCUGGAGGCAUUCGACUUCCUAACGGCAAACUAAAGUGUGAUGUCUGUGGGAUAAUUUGCAUCGGCCCCAAUGUGCUCAUGGUCCACAAAAGAAGCCACACUGGCGAGCGGCCUUUCCAGUGCAACCAGUGCGGGGCUUCGUUCACGCAGAAGGGCAACCUGCUUCGGCACAUCAAGCUGCACUCUGGGGAGAAGCCCUUUAAGUGUCAUCUCUGCAAUUACGCGUGCCGCCGGCGGGACGCCCUCACUGGCCACCUGAGGACGCACUCCGUUGGUAAACCUCACAAAUGUGGAUAUUGUGGCCGAAGCUAUAAACAGCGAAGCUCUUUAGAGGAACAUAAAGAGCGUUGCCACAACUACUUGCAAAGCAUGGGCCUUCCAGGCACGCUGUACCCAGUCAUUAAAGAAGAAGCUAAUCACAGUGAGAUGGCAGAAGAUCUGUGCAAGAUAGGAUCAGAGAGAUCCCUCGUGCUGGACAGACUAGCAAGUAACGUCGCCAAACGUAAGAGCUCUAUGCCUCAGAAAUUUGUUGGGGACAAGUGUCUGUCGGACAUGCCCUACGACGGCGGCGCCAGCUACGAGAAGGAAAACGAGAUGAUGCAGACCCACGUGAUGGACCAAGCCAUCAACAACGCCAUCAGCUACCUGGGGGCCGAGUCCCUGCGCCCGCUGGUGCAGACGCCCCCGGGCAGCUCGGAGGUCGUCCCGGGCAUCAGCCCCAUGUACCAGCUCCACAAGCCCCACGCGGAGGGCCCCCCGCGGUCCAACCACGCGGCCCAGGACAGCGCCGUGGAGAACCUGCUGCUGCUCUCCAAGGCCAAGUCCGUGUCCUCCGAGAGGGAGGCGUCCCCGAACAACAGCUGCCAAGACUCGACGGACACCGAGAGCAACGCCGAGGAGCAGCGGGGCGGCCUCAUCUACCUGACCAACCACAUCACGCCCCACGCGCGCAACGGCCUGUCCAUCAAGGAGGAGCACGCAGCCUACGACGUGCUGCGGGCGGCCUCCGACGGCUCCCAGGACGCCUGCCGCGUGAUCGGCGCGGGCGGGGAGCCCAUGAAGGUGUACAAGUGCGAACACUGCAGGGUGCUCUUCCUGGACCACGUCAUGUACACCAUCCACAUGGGCUGUCACGGCUUCCGUGAUCCUUUUGAGUGCAACAUGUGCGGCUACCACAGCCAGGACCGCUACGAGUUCUCGUCCCACAUCACCCGGGGCGAGCACCGCUUCCACAUGAGCUAAACCCCGCGCGCAGCCGCCGGCCCGCAGAGGAAGCACGCGGGGGUGGGGGUGGGGGGAGGGGGGGGGCGGCCAGGCCCUCCCCUCCCGCCAGCAGCACGGACUGGACCAGAACCUUGUGCUUUUGAUUUCUCGGUGGUUCUCUUGUUUUGUUUUGUAGUUUUCAGUCGGUUGGGGUUUGAUUUGCUUUGGAACACGAAGCGAUUUUUUUUUUUAUGGUUAGUUGCAGGGUUACGUUUGGAGCACCCCCCCCCCAAACCGCUCUCUUCCUAGAUGUUUGCCAUAGACUGCGAGCUGAAGUCCCCUCUAGCUGUGGCUUCCUGGAAGCCCCCCGCCCACCCCCCUCGGCAAGACUCCUCACUCGCAGAGAAAGUUUGAUACAAACAGGUCAGAGCCCAGGAAGGAAUGAGCCGGGGAGCAGACCUCCAGGCGCCCCCCUCCCAACGCAGCAGGGUCUAGAAACCCAAGUCAUGGCUUCUGGCCGUGUGCGUCUAGGGCUGGAGGCCUGCAGUUUCUAAGAGAUGUUGUAAGUCACAGCCCGCACAAAAGGCAAAUUGUUAGAGGAAAGUUGGACUCCUCGGACAAAGGGAGGGGCCAGAGAGCCUGUUGGUCUGGUUCUCAAUUUCAAAACCGAGGUAGCCUUCCAAGGCUGGCGGGUGAGAAGAGUCUGAACACUGUAUUCCUGGAGGCAGGUGUGGAGACCGCUGCCCUCUGCCUACUCCAGUCCGUGCCUUUCAUGGCCCAGAGUCUAUCACUAUGUUUCUAACAUCCAUCCCAAAACUUGGACCUUACUUCCUCUGAACCUCUCAAAGGGUCAAAUUACCGCGAAACCAAGGCUUGAUUCCAAAUUAUACGCCCGUUGCUUCCCUGGCUGGUUCCCCUGACAGGCAGAAGCCUGCCUCUCCUUCAGAGGCCCAACCUAGACCCCACUUCAACUAUGUCGUUGUUUUGUUUGUCGGUAAGUUUCUUUCCCUGCCCUCUUUCUGCAUCAUUCAGGUUUUAAAAUCCACGAAAGCAGGGUUCAGGAUGGUCAUUAAUUUUCAGAGCAAGGGAACGUGACAGGCAAGGCCCAGGAGACCUUGUUCAUACACAGGACCCACGCCUUGGAAACCAAACUUUGAAACAGCCUGAGACUCCCCCGUGAGGACAGAGCAGUCCCCGUGUGCCUGCACAUGGACAUGAUGUGUGGCCCCGCGUCCCUUCUCCCUGGGAAUGUGGAACGGUCGGGAGCGAUCGCGUAACCAGCCAGCGGGAUCUGACGGGAAAGAGGCAGGUGGUGGCAGAGGGAGAACCUUCCUCAGGCAUGACGGGAGCCCCGCUGAGGUGUUUGGUGAUUCAGAUGCCAACCCAGAGGGGUCACCCUCAAGGUUCAUCCUGUCGUUAAGGAUAAUGACCCCAACCACCUAGGCAAAUGAGAGCACACGGUUUCACACCUUUACGUGUCUUCGCCAAAACUGAGCCAAGGUGAACACGGGGAAAAAGAAAACAGAGGCCCCUCUGCAUUUAGUCUAAAUCGAGGUUUCUUAGUCACAGUGCUCUUGACAUUUGGGGCUGGGCAGUUCUUUGUGGUGGGGGAUUCUCCUGUGGGUUCUUGGCAUCCUUCCUGGUCACUACCCAACAGAUACCCGUAGCAUCCCCGUUCGACACCCCAAAAUCUCUCCAGAUGUUGCCACAUAUCCCCUGGGGAGCAAAUCCUCCCUAGUCGAGAACCGCUGCUCUUGUUCUAAGCCAGUCCAAGGUCUGGGGAAGCCUUCCAAAGAGAAACACGCUGGAAGAAUUUUCCCCCUCCGCCGUGUAGCCCCUGACCCGUGUUCCUCUGUGUUCAUCGCAAAUUCUAGAAAUGAAUUUAUCGCACCUUCCUGUGCGCGUUUGGGUUUUGCUGAGAGGAUGAAGUCCACACCCAUCCUUGAGUCACACGUUUCUUGGCUUACAGGACGGGGACGGUGUUUUGAAACUGGAAAGAAACAUUGCAUUGACGCAGGGGCGUGCAAAGGCCCUGGGUAAAGUGCUGUAGAGACAGAUAGGGGGCGCGGGCGGUUCCAUACGCAGCCACAAAGAAAGGGAGAGCUACACAAAUUUCCUGUUUGCUGGGGCCACUCAGACCUGCCCCGUUCCCUUCCAUCAUCCCACAGAGCCAGUUGGUUGAAAGGAGUUAACUCCCCCCCCUCCAAAAAAAGCUUCUCACCCCUGCCCCUCGCUGUGGCUUCAAACAAAGCUUAACCCAGAACUGUAAAUAGCGGCUACAAAUGUUCUUUUCUAAAGCGCUUCCCCUCCGCUCACUGCCUUUUCUAGCCAAUGUAACCAUCUAUUUACACACCUUUUCUUGUGGUGUUCUAUGCUAACACCGUUUUUCUUUGAGAUGAUUGUGUUGGAGGUUACGGUCCCAUGGAAUGUCAGCUGGUAACUAAGUUACGUUAGGAGGGUGGUCAUAUUCUGUACCAAAAGCCGUUCACGUUUUUCUUCUAGCCGAGCAACGUAGGAUUGUGCAUGACCUCACGCCUUUUCCGUUCUGUGGUCUGUUCCGCUGCUGGAUGGUGUGAAUGUGUGUCUCGAGAACCGCUGUGUUCUGAAGUGUGCCUAGGCUUCGUGCCCCCGCACUUGAAAAUAAACGUCAGAGACAAGAGCGCCGCUCUCGCGGGUGGAUGUGUGGGGUAUGGUAAGAAAUCGCUGCCCCUCUGUCUCUGAGCUUCUGUGGACCGAAAGCCUGGACGCCUGCUCCUUAUCCAGGUCCCUUCUGUGCCGUAUGCCUUAGAGCACACGCUGCCCUGUCCAAAGAGUCACUAAAAAAGAAUUGUGACUUUUCUUCAUCCGUCACCAAGGGGCGUAUGCCUGUCACUUCAGAGACCAGAGUGUUCCAUUUUCAAUGUAGAAUCCACCACAUGAAAUCUUAGAGUCUUCAUUGAGAAAGAAAGCUACUGUUAUGGGCAUUCGAGUUUGUUCUUUUUGGGGGGGGAGGGGGGGUUCUUUCUGUGUUUGUGGGGAUUUUUUUUUCUUGUUUGUUCUCAUCACUGUGUAACCCUGAUGAGCGUCACGCUCUUGCCAAAACAAAAGCGACAUCUAAUGGACUUACAUAGGUUGGGAAGCAAAGUAUUACUCUAUCCUGCACUUCCUAAGUUUCAGCAAUAAUGAAGGGUCAGCUCUAUCUAAAAAUCCCGAUAGCUGUCAUAUUCAGUUCAGUGUGUGUGUGUGUGUGUGUGUGUGUGUGUGUGUGUGUUUUACUUAGAAAACGAACCAAACUCAGAUUUAUUUAAGAUGUUCAGUCUUGGGAAAACGGAAGCACAUCCACAGUUGGUGUGGUCUUGGUGUGGUGGCAUUCACUGUGAACAGACGUAGCCAGAAAUUAAUAUGCAAUAUUGUUUUAAAUACUUUCUAAUACACUUUUCUAUGAUGUUGUGUGUGUAGCCAGUGCUGCCUGGGGUCUUCGUCCACCAUUCUGGAAAAUAUGUGUACAGGACUGUAAAUGAGAAAAAAAUGCUGUUGUAUUUGCUAUCCGCCUCUCUGGUGAUGUUAAAUUAUUUCUGUUUAGCUGUGAACAAGGGGUGUGCCCCUGGAGGGAUAGAGGAUACUUUUGUACACAUUUUGAAAUGCUUUUUUCUGUAGUGGUAGAACAAUAAAUGCAACAAACACUU